AUGAUCCCCCAGAUUCAUGAAAUCCUAGGCCAGCUCGACAAACCGUUCACCGGCGAAGAACUGUUCGACCAUCUGCCGGACAUUGUGUUUUUCAUUAAAAACACCCAGGGCCAGUACCUCGUCGUCAACAACACGCUCGUGCAACGCUGCGGAGCCCACGAGAAAGCUGACCUGAUCGGACGUACGCCUGGCGAGGUCUUAAGACCGCCACUUGCGCAAAGUUUUGAGGACCAGGACCGUAAAGUGCUCGCCUCAGGGCAGCCCCUUGUCGGGCAGUUAGAACUGCACUUCUAUGCCACGCGCGACGUUGGCUGGUGUUUAACGAGCAAGCUUCCACUGCGAAACAAAAACGGAGACGUGGUCGGGCUUGUCGGCGUUUCGCAAGACUUGCGUCUGCCUGACCUGGCGACCGACGAAUACCAACAUGUGAUCGACGCCAUCAAUCACGCCGAGGCCCAUCUCGACAACCCACCGAGCGUGUCGGAACUGGCCGAGAUCGCCGAGAUGUCCCCUUAUCAACUCGAUCGCCGCAUGCGACGCGUGUUCGGUCUGACCACCGGGCAGUGGCUAUUGAAGCUGCGGAUCGACUUGGCCCAACGCCGACUUAGCACAUCGGACGAGUCAAUCUCGCAGAUUGCCAUGGAAGCAGGUUACGCCGACCAAAGCGCCUUUACUCGGCAAUUCCGCCGCGCAACAGGGAUGUCUCCCCGCGACUACC